CUACCGUCUGCACAGACUGUGAGAGGUUUACCAUCAGCUGUUGGUAAUCGUGAGGAGAUUAGGAGAGUGCAGCACACACCGAGCCUGGACGAGGAAGGCAUUUUAACCGUGGAAGAAAAUCUCAAAUAAACCUUGAUUUAUUUAAUGGGACAGGCCUAGCAAACACUGGAAUCUGAUUUCACAGCAAAAUAUGUAGCGUAGUAGAUUUGAGAAUCACAAGAAAACGAUCCUGUCAAAUUAGAAGAAUUAGAUGCGCAAGAGCUUCCAUUCAUCAGUUGAAUUGCAUGUGUUUCAGCUGAAGCAGUUGCUCAGGUAUUGUGCUUUGAUUUGCUAUGGGAGAUUAGAAGACCAUAUCAAUGCCAGAGCUUUCGCCAGAUUGCAAAGAAAUGUAUUCCAGCUGUACCUCAAGAGCAAUGUCUCCCUCAAUACUUUACACGCCGCCACUUAUGCACUGUUCACAGCCUUUGUCUAAAAAUUCUUACAACAUUUUAAAUGCAUUUUGCACGGAGGAGAAUGUUGUUCAGUGCAUUUCAUACAUUAAUCAAGAAAUGUCUUCACUGGGUAUCCCUACUAUCUCUAAUGGAUCCAAUGGAAAGACAGAUCUGAACCUGGUGUCCGUGUUGAAUACAAUAUACGAGCUUCUUCAGCUCUGGCGUAAAAGCAUGCGUACCAUGGAAGACCUGGAAAAUCAGCAGCUCAAGUCCAAUAGUGACUUGGACCAUCUGCACAGCAGCCAUUCAAAAGCAAAGGAACAACUUGAAUUAUGCAAAAGGGAAAAUAAAGCACUUCAAGAAAGAGACCGUCAGCUACAACUGAAGAAUAAGAGCUUGCAUAAUUGCUUAAAAAAUGAGAAAGAAGAGGUACAGAAACUUCAGAAUAUAAUUGCAAGCCGUGCUACACAGUAUAACCAUGAUAUGAAGAGGAAAGAAAGAGAAUAUAAUAAACUGAAAGAGCGUUUACAUCAGCUGUUGAUGGACAAAAAGGAUAAAAAGCUAGCCAUUGAAGUACUAAAUUAUGUUGGAAGAUCUGAUGGGAAGAGGAGCGUCUGGAAAACUGGGAAGACGGAGGCUAGGAAUGAAGGGGAAAUGUACAAAGUUCUUCUUGGUGAUUAUGAACAUCGACAGAAAGACCUAAUGGUGGAAAAUGCAGAGCUCAAGAAGGUUCUUCAGCAGAUGAAGAAGGAGAUGGUCUCUAUUUUAAGCCCCCAAAAGCACAGUACGAAAGAGAGAAUUGAAGACAGCCUAGAACAAGCUGUGUCUGACUAUGAGGAGGAUGCCGGUGAACAUGGCAGAGAGACUAUUUCCCUGGAGCUGUCCUGUGAAGAUGCCCGGGAGCAGCUGACCAACAGCAUUCGGCAGCAGUGGAGAAGGCUAAAAAAUCAUGUGGAGAAGCUUGAUAAUCAAGCUUCCCUGGUGCAGAUGGGGGCCCAGAAUGAAAAGGAUGUAAUUUCCAGAGACAUUCACGAGGAAGAAAUUGAAAAGCUGAAACUAGAAAUUCAGCAGUGUAAAGAUUUAAUUACAAGCCAACAGCAACUUUGGCAGCAACAGCUUAGUUGUCCCUGUGAUGAUGAGACUGGGGCACUGCUCCGCGACUGCUAUCUCUUGGAGGAGAAGGAACGGUUGAAGGAGGAAUGGAGGCUUUUUGAUGAACAGAGGAAGAACUUUGAAAGAGAGAGACGAAAUUUCACAGAAGCUGCAAUCCGAUUAGGGCAUGAGAGAAAAGAAUUUGAGGAAGACCGAGCAACUUGGUUGAAACAUCAGUUUUUAAACAUUACUCCUUUCGUAGAUCGCAAGAAGCCACACGCUCCAAAGUCACACAGUGCCUUAUCUACUGGUUUGGACUUGGAAAAACAGAAUUUGGAGACUGCUCCAGCACAACAGAAUAAAGUGACUCGUCACACUUCAUUAUCUACACCAAAAUCUUCCUCCUCCUUGAAAAUGCCGUGUACUGCAGAUCUGUACCGGACCCUAUGCCUUAUACCUGACAAAAGCUCACCAAGUACCCAACCAAAGAGAAGCAGUUUGCAAGACACCAACAUAAAAUUGUACAGUAGCCAACUUUCGACUCCCAAGCCAAGACUUUCAAUAACAUCUGAUGACUCUUAUAUUUGUUCAGUCGCUGGAGAUGAGAAUAGACUGUGAAUGGUUGGAACUAUUUUGCUUUUUUAUAAGGUUGUCACUUUAAUAUAGUAGGGGGGGUGUCGUAUUUUAUUUAUUUAAUUUAGAAAUGCAAUGUCAGAUCACAUAAAAUUCUCUCAAGUACAGUAGCUUAAACAGGCUUCAUCUUGACACCACAUUGGUGGCUUGGUUAAGUUCCCUGGUGUUUUGGCUUUUAGGAAAGGGGGGGGGUG